AUGAAGUACGUCGGGCUGCUCUUGGUGGCCGUCCUGGGCGCGCUGUCUGCCACUGACGGCGCCAACAUCCUAGGCGUGUUCCCCAUCAACGGCCGCAGCCACUGGGUGGUGUACGAGAGCCUGAUGAAGGCCCUGGCGGCGCGCGGCCACAACGUGACGGUGAUCACGGCGUUCCCGCAGAAAUCGCCGCUGGCCAACUACACGGACAUCGACGUUUCCGGGACGUUGCCGUCCGCGGUGAACACGGUCGGCAUCGAGUUGGUGCUCAAAUACCUGGCCAGCGUGUUCGCUAACCAAUGGUUCAUCGCUGACCAUCAAAUGAAUAUCUGUCGGAAGACCCAGAAGCUGCCCGAAGUGCAAGCGCUACUCCAAAGCGGCAUCAAGUUCGAUGCGGUUUUCACAGAAAUAUUUGGAGCUGAUUGUGAUGUUGGAUAUGCUUACCAUUUCAAGGCACCCCUAUUGUCCAUUAUGUCCAGCUCACAUCUGCCUUGGAGCUAUGACCGUGUAGGUGGCCCAGACAACCCGUCUUACAUACCAACGAUCGUAACGAGAGCCGCUGGAAAGAUGAACUUUAAAGAACGUAUGAUCAACACUUUGUACUAUAUAUACUUUAAAAUGGCGUGGAAGUAUUACAGUGAGUGGCCAGCAAAUGAACUGUUGAAAGAGAACUUCGGACCGGACACACCUCACAUCAACGAAAUAGUUUACAACACUUCCAUGGUGUUUGUCAAUGGCCACUUUUCCUUGGACGGACCACGGCCUCUAGUUCCCAACAUGGUGGAAAUUGGUGGAAUACAUGUUAAAUCCCCCAGGCCCAUACCCAAGGACAUAUUGAAGUUCAUCGAAGACUCACCGAAUGGAGUUAUGUUUUUCACGUUUGGGUCUCUUAUUCGUAUAUCUACUCUACCACCAAAUGUAUUGCAAAUGUUUAAGGAUGUAUUCGCAAAAUUACCCAUCAGAGUCUUGUGGAAAUACGAAGAAGAAAUGCCAGACAAACCUGACAACGUGUACAUAAGCAAAUGGAUGCCUCAAAGAGACAUUUUGAGUCAUCCAAAAGUACGACUGUUUAUGACCCACGGUGGAUUGUUAGGGAUCAUAGAAGCUGUACAUUCGGGCGUACCCGUCGUAGGCAUUCCAUUUUUCUUCGAUCAACCUAGAAAUAUAUUAAAACUGGUACAACAGGGUUCAGGUAUUAUAUUGGACUAUGAAACUUUGACGAAUGAUAUUCUAUACAACGCUAUUACAACAAUAGUUAACAAUAACAGUUACGCAAUAAAUGCGAACAAAUUAGCAAAACGGUUCAAAGACAGACCAUUAAACGCAACGGAAACAGCCGUCUACUGGACAGAGUACGUAAUAAGACACAAAGGGGCGAAACACUUGAGGACCGCGGCCGUUGGAAUGCCUUGGUGGAAGUAUUACUUAGUAGAUGUCAUCGGUUUUAUCUUGCUAAUCAUUUUUGUUGUAUUGUAUCUAAUUUACUUUGUGCUAAAAGCUAUCUACAAGAAAUUAUUCAAAAAGACCGUUCCACCCAAAAAGAAGGAAAAGAAAAAUUGA